GAAUGUAAAUAAUAAGAUUAUAUAAUGGCAUUAUUUUGUGAAGGUUCCUUGUGUAAACAAAGCAAGCUGCUCUGCAGAAUCUUUCACAAUACAGAAUAAGUGAAGAACUCAAUGGCUGAACAAACAAAUAUGUAUCCUCAUGUGCUCAUAUUCCCAAUGCCUGUGCAAGGCCACAUAAACUCCAUGUUCAAACUAACUGAACUUCUCUGCAUUGCCAACAUCCAUGCCACUUACCUCCUCACUGUCGAAACUCAUGCACGUCUCCUGGCCAACACAAACGUUGUCUCCAGCUACACUAAGUAUCCAGGUUUUCGGUUCCAGACAUUGCCUGAAAGCGUCUCGGGUGGAAAUGCAGAGUCCAAGGAUUUUAUACACAACUUGUACGAAUCCAUGAAAACUGCAAAAGGAUUUCUUAGAGAUUUGGUGAUUAGUGAAGGCUUAAAGAAGCCGGUGACUUGUAUUAUUGCGGAUGGUGUCAUGAGAUUUACGCUUGAUGUUGGGGAAGAGAUUGGUGUUCCUGUUAUGUAUUUUCGUACAAUUAGUGCUUGUUCAUUUUGGUCUUACUUUUGCAUGAACAAACUCAUUGAGGCAGGGGAUUGUCCUUUUAAAGGAGAUGAUAUGGACCUCCCGAUCAAGAGUGUACCAGGCAUGGAAAGUUUUCUCAGGCAGCGUGAUCUGCCAAAAAUGUUUCGAGUUGCUGAUAGAAAUGAUAGGAGUUUCCAGAUGAUGUUUACCGAAACUCAGCAAACUGUUCGAGCUCAGGCAUUGAUACUGAACACGUUUGAGGAUCUUGAAGGACCCAUUCUUUCUCAGAUUCACACUCGGAUUCCAAACAUCUACACAAUUGGACCACUUCAUGCUCACCUCAAGGUCCACACCGAGCUGGAAACAGAGUCCACCACAUUGUCCCAAUCAAACAGUUUAUGGGAAGAAGACAGGAGCUGCAUCAAGUGGCUAGAGGACCAGCCAAUGAAGUCGGUGAUAUAUGUCAGUUUUGGAAGUCUUGCGAUGGUUACAAAAGAGCAGCUCAUGGAAUUUUGGCAUGGUCUGGUCAAUAGUGGUCACAGAUUCUUGUGGGUGAUCCGACCUGACUCCAUCACUGGUGCAGAGGGUAGCCAAGAGAUUCCUGCAGAGCUGGAGGAGGGAACAAAGGCAAGAGGUCAUAUGGUAAAUUGGGCUCCCCAAGAAGAGGUUCUAGCUCACCCUGCAAUAGGUGGAUUUCUGACUCAUAGUGGAUGGAACUCAACUUUGGAAAAUAUAUGUGAAGGGGUGCCAAUGAUUUGUUGGCCAUAUUUUGCAGAUCAACAGAUCAAUAGCAGAUUUGUUGGAGAGGUUUGGAAGAUUGGGUUGGACAUAAAAGACACUUGCGAUAGAUGUACUAUCGAGAAAUCUGUCAAAGAUCUCAUGGGGGAUAGGAAGGAAGAGUUUGCAAAAUCAGCCAAGGAGAUGGCUACAUUAGCUAGCAAAGCUGUCAAUGAGGGAGGAUCAUCGCGCUCUAAUCUGAACAGGUUGAUUGAAGACAUUCAGUCGAUGUGUGUUCAGUCACAGCAGGCCAAAACUCCGAUUUCAUAAAAUUAAGUACUCAAGCAUUUAUAUUAUCUUCUUAAUCAUAUAAUUACGAAACUUGGCAUUAGAAACCUUCUUUUUUAUGUUGCUUCCUUCCCAUAUGUAGUCAUGCUGCUUCAGAAGCCUUGGCACCAGCAAAAUGGGGACAACAUCCCCGGCCAAUAAAUAAAUAUGAUUUAUUAU